UUGUUCGUCCAUCUUUCGACGGCCUAUUGCCACCCUCACGAAAAUCUCUUAGAGGAGAAGGCAUACCCGCCUCCCGCAGACCCACACAAGGUCAUCGCAGCCGCUGAACUCUUUGACGUGGACACAUUAGAAACAAUGGCUCCAAACUUCCGGAAAACGUAUCCGAACUACUACGCCUACACGAAAGCCCUGUCGGAAAGCUUGGCCGUCGACGCCAUGGAAUCCCUCCCCGUCAUUAUACUUAGGCCUUCUAUCGUGAUACCAAUACUUUGGGAACCCCUGCCCGGCUGGACAGAUAACAUCAAUGGACCGACCGGCUUACUCAUUGGUGCCGGCAAGGGUGUAAUCCGCUCAAUGUACUGCCACAGCAACAGCUAUGCCGACUACGUGCCAGUUGACGUAGUCGUCAGCAGCAUCUUCGCCUUUUCCUGGAAUUAUCUCAGCAAUGGGGACAUAAAAACAAGAAUCUACAAUUGUACAAGCUCAGCAGAAGUAAAAGUGACGUGGCAUGAGUUGAUUGCAACUGGCAAAGACAUUACUGUCAACAAACUGCCUCUGAACGGAGUUGUUUGGUAAGUGAACAAUAUACAGGAUUAUUUGUAA